AUGCGUACCCGUGCCAAAAUUUGUGGGAUUACACGACCACAGGAUAUUCAAGCUGCUGUACAAGCAGGUGUGGAUGCGAUUGGUUUUGUGUUUUAUGAACCUAGUCCACGUUAUGUCACGAUUGAAUUGGCUCAGCAAUUGGCACAACUUAUUCCACCGUAUAUCAACAUUGUUGGAUUAUUUGUCAAUGCCAGCGCACAAGACAUUGCACAAGUAUUAGAACAAGUGCCUUUGGAUAUUAUUCAGUUUCAUGGUGAUGAAACUGCACAACAAUGUCAGCAGAUCGCACAGUAUAAUAAGCGCCGUUGGUACAAAGCGAUUCAGAUUAAACCUGAUGCAAAAAAUUCAGAUAUUAUUACGACAAUUCAGCAAUACCAACAGGCUGGUGCGAGUGCUAUGCUUUUAGACGCAUGGCAUCCUGAACUGAAAGGAGGGACUGGACACAGUUUUGACUGGUCUCAAUUCCCUAAACUCGAUAUUGCUUUAAUUUUGGCAGGUGGUUUAAACCCUGAAAAUAUUGAAGACGCUAUACAAACGACUCAAGCGUAUGCAGUCGAUGUCAGCGGAGGCGUAGAAUCCGCAAAAGAUCAAAACGGGCAUUUCGGUAUCCAUGGCGGACGUUUUGUGUCAGAAACUUUAAUGGCAGCUUUAGAGGAUUUAGAGAAACUCUAUUUCCGUAUGAAAGAUGAUGCGCAGUUUCUGGCAGAAUUCGACCGUGAUCUCGCUUAUUAUGUCGGACGUCCUAGUCCGCUUUACUAUGCUGAGCGAUGGUCGAAAGAGUUGGGUGGUGCGCAAAUUUAUCUUAAACGUGAAGACUUAAAUCAUACAGGCUCACAUAAGGUCAAUAACACCAUUGGUCAGGCGCUACUUGCGAAGCUUUCUGGCAAAAAACGUAUUAUUGCGGAAACGGGUGCAGGUCAACAUGGUGUGGCGACAGCAACAAUUGCCGCGCGUUUAGGUCUUGAGUGUGUGGUAUUCAUGGGUGCUGAAGACGUAAAACGUCAGGCCAUGAAUGUCUACCGUAUGCGCUUGCUUGGCGCAACAGUUGUGCCUGUAGAAAGUGGUUCUAAAACAUUAAAAGAUGCCAUGAACGAAGCGAUGCGUGACUGGGUCCACAUCCAUAUCCGCAAUUGGUACGUGAUUUCCAGUCGAUUAUUGGACGUGAAGCACGUAAACAAAUUCAAGAGCAAGCAGGUCGUUUACCAGAUGCUUUGGUUGCAUGUGUCGGCGGUGGUUCAAAUGCAAUGGGCUUGUUCUAUCCAUUCUUAA